CUUCCACCCUGUUCUGCUCCUUCUCCCUCCUCUGACCAAUCCUCUGGGGAUGCGCGACAUCUUGACUUGAUGCCUUCCAACGUUUACUGCCCAUUUUGUGGGGUCAUCUUACUGCCUGAUCCCUAUGGUGACGAUCCCGCGUCUCCCCAGACCCGCGUUCGCCCUUGGUAUGCUGAAGUUCGAGGCGUCUACGCAACCAAUCUUCCUGGCGGCCAGAUCACGAUCACCGGACUAGGGAUAGUACGCGGCCGGAAUAACCUCCACGCACCGCUUGACAACGACGUAUCCUACGUGGACGUGGGCCUUGGGGCGCUGGAGGAAUGGAGGCUCUGCGAACCUUCCGAAGGCCGUUGGUGCUUCGGCUUUCACAACUCGUGCUGGAGAUUGCUUCUCUUGAGGCUCGGCCCUGGUCAGGGUGACCAUCCAUCCCCGAAUCGGACGGCAAUUGCAGAGGCAGUCUUCUACCAGCUUUACUGCACCCCUUGCCUCAAUGCCUCCAGUUUCCAACUUGGCCACGACUACGGAGGUGCUGCGCAAACACACAAGCUUUUAGGGCGGCCAAGGCCGGCGGAUCUGAGCUCACACUUCUACGCUGACCCAUAUGCCAUCCCGUCCAUGGACGAUCUGGAAAAAAGCGCGUCUGACCUGCGCGAGGCACAUGGCGGCCCGCAUCGGCCCCUGUCGCCUAACGACUCGAGAGGAGAAAAAUGUGACAUGCUCAGACGACCCAACCGCAAUAUCUUCGAUAGGCUCUCACCCGAGCUGAAGUUAGAGACCUUUUCCUAUUUGUCCUUUGAUGAGAUCUUAACUAUGAGACUUGUCUGCCGUGGUCUAGCACGUCUCUUGAGACUCGAAUUGCUUCCACAGUCGUACUGGCGGAGUAGAUUCCUCCUAGGCCAAGAGGCCGAUUUUCUUUUCCCAAAGCUUACCGAGGCACACGACUGGUCCCGGCUCUUCUUGGGGACCAGGGCGUCGCUAAAGGCUGGACUCCAGCCCUUGACCAAUCGAAAACGAAUCCGCCAGCUGUUGGAGCCCAUCGCUGCUCUUGUGGACCUAGAUGCUGUCUUGCGGAGGAGCCCUUAUGGAUCUGCAUGUCAACCGGCAAACCGUGAAGGUAGCUGUUUCCAGCUGACCGAUGAGGAGGGUGCUGAAAGCCCGCCUCAGGUGCUAGAGAUGACCGGCUCUUUUUCUGGGCAGCUAGCCACUAUCAGUGCAGAUCGCCCCUUGAACGAGGGAUGCCGUGUGCUUUAUCGUAGGACACAGUCACUCAUGUCCCCGCCUCGGCAGAACCGACGGCGAAUCGGUAUCUCAACUGUUCAGAUUGGCGCACGGAGCUUUAUAUCGGGUGUGCACCUAUUUCCGUCGGGGGAAAGCAAUGCCAUUCACCGUUCGGUCGGAUAUCACAAUCCAUAUUCACAGAAGUGGAUAGACGUACCGAGCACUUCCCACCUUGAAGCACUCUCCGUGGCGUUUUGCUCGGAAGGGUUGACGGGAGUUAAAUUCACCUUCACACCUUCGGAUUCAUCGUACUGGGUUGGUGAAAGCAACGGUCCAGGGAUUGCUCAAGGCACGCUAAUUGUUCCGGAAAGGUCGAAUCGGAACUACCUGCUUGCGGGGUUAGAUCACUUCAAGAUCGUCUGGCUCGGCCUCGGCGAAUUGAUCGAACACCCCCGAGCAUCUUUGAAACCACACUCUCAAGGCGUACUGAACUCGUCUAGCGUGCAGUCCCAUUUGUGGACACCAGAGCCUCCAAUGCACGAUGGUUUGAUGCUUAGCCCCAUGCUACCGUCCCUGCCUUCCAGGGCCUUUGAGCCGCUGGCCAAUAUUGACUUCGGUGGCCAAAGAGGCCUGCGUCUCGGGUCUUUGACAUGUCUGACGUUCCACAUGGCAUCCCGUCCUCACCCACUGAUCGGGAUAGAAGUAUCAUCCUCUGAUGGAAAGUCGGUACUUUUCGGUUCUAAUCGUGGCUGUGGGAUCUCGUUUCCCGUCGCUGGCUCGAAGGGGGAGCGUGUCAAUGGCGUAAGCAUUCUGAAAGACAAUCGCGAGUACUACCCAACACCCGGCCUAGGUGGCUUGCAGAUCUCGACAAACUAUGGAAGGACUGCCACUUUCGCUCCCCUUCACUAUCAACUCGAUGCGGUUGUCGAGCCAAUACCGAUUUCACCACUCAGCAACAUCAUCACGGGACUUGUUUCCCACGACCUGGCACACCAAAACGGCUUUGUCCAACUCGGUGUCCAGUCCCAGCAGUGUGACGAGGAGGUCACGCUACCGGAUAUUCUGGAUCGUGGAUGUCAUGAGAUACCCGACGAUCAAGUCCGAUACGACCAGAAAUUCUCACAUUUCAUCAACAGUACAAAUCCUGGUAACUAUCAGACCUAUGCCUCGCUGAAGAAUGUUCGAAGAAUUCGGGCAUCCAUGGGUAUCCACGGGCGGUCCAGAUCCCCUAGUCGCAUAUCCGGCUUGAAGCUUGAGUAUUACAGUCAUCCAAGCCCAAGCGUAGUAGGUCAAUGGAUGAACGAGCUUGGAAACGGGUUUGAAAUCUCCCCGGAUGAGGAAAUCCAAUCAUUCACCAUCUGGCUCACUCCCAUGGGGUAUUCUACUGAAUGCCCCGGGCUGGAAGUAGGCCAAGUCGCAGCUAUACGCUUCGAAACCACGCAAUCUCGCUGUGUGACAUUUCGCUCUCCAGACUUUCAAAGCCUCCCACCGCGAAAGCUGCAGACCCAGUACAAGGGAGACUCUGACGAGAAACUGACAGCUAUGUCAUGGAUAUUGAACCUAUGUUCAGAUCGUGUCCGAGCGCUCGUUUCCGCGAGCGGAAGCCGGAGACCACCGAUAAUGGUUCCAGAACAGCCUCCUCCCUUUGACCAGGUUCGGAAACUUUACUUCGAGAGACGGAAUGGCGGCGGCUCUAGAGAGUCCGUACUUAGGGCCGACGCCUACUUUGAAGGUCAGGCGAUCAUCGGUCUUGCCUUCAUCUACAAGUCAGGGGCUAGAGCAAGCAUAGGGGACGUGGAUACCGACACCAGUCGAACAGUCCAUUUUGCUCAGGAUGCUAAAAUCGUUGGCUUGUCGGCUGCGGCCCGAGGACGCGAGCUUGUAGAAAUGGAGUUUGAGGUUGAACAGGGUGAGGGAUCUCGGUCCCAUAAGCUCAGUAUCUCCCGUAGUUCGCGGGAGGGACCGGCAAACACGGGCAAUUAUGACUGGCGGGAUGUAUGGUGCAAAGACCGGGCAUCUGCGGACAGCCACCAGCGGCUAGUGUCGCAUGACACCGUGUUCCCAGCACCGAGCGGGUCGAGGUUCGUUGGCAUUUAUGUGGGUUGCCAGGAGUUUUCGACUGUUGGAGCGUUAUAUGAGGCUGAUGUUUCUCCAAAAAUAUGAGAAGGAAACCGAGAGUCAUCAUUUGCAUUGCACCCACCCCCCUCCCCGGCCUUUCUCCUCUACAGGGAGCUGGGUCCGGGUAAUUGAUGGGGGACAAAAACGAUUGGGUGAAUUAUUCCACCGACGUCAAUGCAUAGUUUUUAAGGUGCCAAUGCGCACCAGUCCAUUUUUCCCGGGGGCGGGGGAUAAAAAUUUAGCCCGAGUUCCUGCCCCAGCGGAGAAUUUCACCAGACGCUAAACCCUUGACAAAUUAGUCCUUGCAAGUUGCAAGGUUGUGAAUGGUCCAUACUGUCCCUCCUUUUGUUCCCUGUAUUCUUUGGGGUAUACUGUUUGUAUCUCCUACCUAUCAUAAAAUGUUGUGAGCUACGGCUCAGGGGGUUGAAGAUGUUGGUUGUAUU